GUAGAGCGCUCCAGGGCACCUUUCUGUGAUUGUUAUGCGCUCCCGUCGGCGAGAAGAUAUAUCUCUCGAAACCGACCAGGAUGGAGGACGGGGAAAAAAAACUCGAUAAGUACUACUAUGACCUUUACUUCCCCCCUCUCACUGGGGAAGAGAACUUCACGAACUCAACUGUGAACUACGCGGGCUGGGGGUUCCUUGGAGGCCUCUCGACGGGUGCAUACAGGAGUGUCAUGCGAGGACGUCCUCCGCUCGCAGGUUGGCCGCUAUCGCUACUCAUGGGGGUGGGACUCGCGGUGGCUGCAGACGCUUACCGGAGAGGCUUGCUGGCCUACAAGGAAUACACUGUCCGCCGGGCCUUCUACUACAUGACGCUUCAUCCUGAAGAUUUCCCGCCGCCGGAACGAAUCAAAUUUGCCGAUUACUGGGACACGUGGGAAACGAACCGUUGAUUCAGGGAGCGGAAUCCCGUCGGGUAUACUCUACUGCACCUAGAAUACAAGAACCUGUAUGUGAAUGAAUAUAUAAAGUCUGUGACU